CGUAUAAAACCGGGCAUCCAGCAGAGAUCACUUCCUGACCAAAAACACUCCCCAUUCUGUUUGGCUGUCCGUCUCGCACCGCUGCCGCCAUGUUUGUCGCUCCUCCAGGUUACCAGCCCGUCUACGGCCCUAGAAUCCCCUAUUUGGGGCCCAUUUAUGGAGGCCUGAGGGAAGGCAUGUCCAUCUACAUCCAGGGGUCCAUUCCUGAGGACAUUAACAGGUUCUUCGUCAACCUGCUCUGUGGAGAGUCCGAGUCCAGCGACAUCGCCCUUCACUUCAACCCUCGCUUCGACGGCCGGGACAAGGUGGUGUUCAACUCCUGUCAGGAGGGAUGCUGGGGGUCUGAGGACAAGAUCCGCAAUAUGCCCUUCAGCCAGGGCCAGGCCUUUGAGAUGGUCAUCAUGGUCACUUCACAGGGCUACCAGAUCAAAGUCAACGGGAACGACUUCCACACCUUCCAUCACCGCCUCCCUGUGGAGAGAGUCUGCGCGAUGCAUAUCAACGGGGACGUUUGCCUCCAGACGAUUAACGUCAUAGGGGUGAGACUCCCGGUCCCCAAAGGAGGAGGAAUGGGAGGAGGAAUGGGAGGAGGAUAUCCAGGUGGUGGCAUGGGGGGAGGAUACCCAGGAGGCAUGGGAGGAGGCAUGGGAGUAAGUAUACCUGGUAUUAUUUAAAUGUCUCCCCCUUUUUAACAGGGAGGAUAUCCAGGAGGCAUGGGAGGAGGCAUGGGAGGGGGCAUGGGAGGAGGAUAUCCAGGUGGUGGUAUUGGGGGAGGCGUGGGAGGUGGUAUGGAGGGAGGAUUCCCGGGAUCAGGCCUGCCGGGAAUGGGCGGGCAGCCGGUCUACAACCCUAUGGUGCCGUACUCCAAUAUGAUCCCAGGAGGGAUGUACCCUAAGAGGACCAUCAUCAUCAGAGGCAUGCUGCCCUACGGAGCAGACAGAAUAAGCAUCAACUUCGUGGUGAGCAGAUCUCGGGACAUCGCCUUCCACAUGAACCCCCGGGUGAGGGAGGGGGUCGUGGUGAGGAACAGCUUCAUUGGAGGCGGCUGGGGGCAGGAGGACAGAGAGCUCAGCAUGAACCCCUUCGCCGAGGGACAGUACUUUGACAUGUCCAUCCGCUGCGGGAACCAGAGGUUCAAGGUGUUUGUGAACGGGCAGCACCUGUUCGACUUCUUCCACCGCCUGCAGUCCUUCAACGAGAUCGACAUGCUGGAGAUAGAGGGCGACGUGCAGAUCUCCUACAUCCACUUCUGAGACCACGCGUUACAGGACACGCAACUUUCUGUACAUUCCACAUGAUGAUCGCCCAAAAGGAUACGGCAGCGUGCUGAAUGUUAAUAUUCAUCAUUUAGCUCGUCAUCGGCUGUAUUGAAUCAAUAAAUAUGAACGAACACACA